GAGAACGAAAAUAGGCAUUCGUGAUGGCCACUAUUAUUUUAUUUUUUGACAAAAUAGACGCUCUUUCACAACAAAUAAAACGCUGUGAAUUUUUGCCCCUGUAAUAGACAAAAAAUACAUUUGCAGGUGGGAUCCUGACUGAUUUGCAAUGAACGUUUUGGGGAAGUGUAACACAUUUGCCACCAGCAACUACAGGCUUGCCAUUCUUCUUUGACAUUAAAACGGAUAACAUUUCUGAUUAAGUAAAGGUGAAGCAUCAUUUUAAAGUGCAUAUUAAAAACUCGCUUGUUAGAAUUUGCGCGAGCCCUGGAAUGGUGAACUGUUUAGCGCGCGCGCUGGUUUAGAACGGUUAAUCGUGUGCCGCAUUUUGUGCAUUCAAACUAGAUUGAAGACAGAAACAACUAGCUGAUGGAUAGAUCAGGCAUUAAAGAAAGUAUUUGCACUGGUGCCAAGAAGAUUGUUACUCAAACAAAGCAAAAAGCUGAAAAGAAGAGAGGGAGGCGAACCAACCAAUCAACAAGAAACCCUAAACUUGACACUGUAAAGUGGGACAUAAGAGCUCGUUGUGAUAUCAAACUUUUGUGGCAAAUCACAAUGGGCGAUGGUAUGGAUAUUUUUCAAAAUGAGCAAGUAGGACUCUUUUCAAAUACUUGGACGCCGACAGAAGAGGAUAUGAAGUUGCUUUCAUCAAAAGUUCCAGAUGAUAAAUGCAGCGACAAAGUUUCAGAUCCUUCAAAAAUCCGCGCUCGUCAUCCAGAGUCUAAGGACAAGUGUGGCAAAUACUGCUGUUUUUUCGACGAAGGCUCCUUUUUAUAUUUAUAAUAUAAAUCAUAUAAAUAAAUAGUAAAUAAUUAUAA